ACAGUGAACCAAACUAGCAAGUAACCAUGCCGAUUGUUAAUCAUUUUCUCUGCUUUGAUCUCCAAACCGGAGGUUACGCAAUUGGAACCUUCGAAAUCAUUCUUCACAGUUGCCUCAUCGCCUUUUCCGGGUAUCGUUUGAUGAACACAAAUAAUUCGGUUCAAAUUGCUAUGCUUUCUGGAGAAAUGGCAAUUUAUGGAUUUGGACUGCUUACAGCUGUUUUAUUAAUUGUUGGAGCAUCAAAGAAAAUUGUUCCACUAAUAUUCCCAUACCUGAUAUCAUCGCUUUUAGUUUUGGUGGCAAUAAUCAUCAAUCUAGUGACACUCAAUUGGCAAUAUGUGCCUUUUGCAAUCUACAUAGUGUACACAUUUAUUUGUAUCUUAUCACUUUGCCAACAAAUUCGUGAAGAAAAAGUUCGUAAAAGUGUAAAUGGCUAUCAACAAGCACCAUUAAGUGAAUAAUCUUACUAAGAAAUCGAUAAAAAUGUCGUCAUAUGUAUAAAGGUGCAGCAUUUGAUAAAAUGAUAUGAAAAGUUUAUGAAUCACCGCGAAAGCUUAUCAGGUCGUGAAAAAAAACAUAAAAGAAUUAAAAACAGGAAUAAAAUCUCAGUUCAUUAUUUACUUCAGAGUAAAAGUUUAUUUCAAAUCAUUUUCACAGUUAAAUAGAAAAAUUGACUUCCUGUAAUUAUCUAAGUUUAUGGCUCAGUUUUAAAUGUUAAGUUUUCAGUUCGUUAAAAAGUUAUUACUUUUAUAAAAAGCUACAAUUUAUUAAUUAAGAAGUCUUAUCUUGAACAACAUCAAUGAUGAUAACAGCAACAAUAAAGCUUAAGUAAAUUGCAAUUGAAGUCCAUUUGAUAAUUUUAAGCAACAAUUGAUUCUCAUCCCUGGAUUCAGUAUUUUCACAUUUAAAAAAUAUAAAACCAAGUACAAUGCCGCUGAGUGCUCCAAACACAUGAGCUUGAUAAUGAAUUUUUGGUUCUUUGUUUCCAUUUACCAUACAGUGGAAAAUUGCAUAAACAAUAUCAGAGAUCGAUAGCAGACCGACGAAGAUCAUUCGAUGAAAACGAAACGAGAUUGUUGAGAAAUUCUGUUGAAUGUUCAGAGACUAAUGAGAGUAAGUUUAUAUGAAAAGAUCAGGUGAUAAUUUACCAAAAAAAUGUGUGGGAUGUAGCUCAUUAAAAGAGCGUAAAUUCCCGAACUAGCACCAACCAUCAGCGAGAGAUCGUCAGCCAUUGAAGC